GGAAGGCAAGAAGACACAAACAAAUUCUCUCUUCUGUCUGUCUGUCUGUCUGCCUGUCUGCUAUGAUUUAUCUAUCUGGGAUUUAUUGUUUAUGUGUUUGGAGAAAAAGUCCAAAAGAUACACUAGUCUGGAAAAAAUCAAAUACAAGAUAUGGAUAAUGAAUUAAAAGAAAUGAUGAUUGCAAGUGGAGUGGAAGAAAAAUCUUCUACACCGUUCAUUCACAGAAAAUGUAAAAAAGACAAAAACGACAACCGGCGAGAAGGAAUGAUAGUCAUUGCAGCGGUUAAUUUAGGAACAAGGUAUUCGAGUUUUGCUUAUACAUUCAGAGACGAACUCGAUAAAGUAAGAGAGCCAAGCGUACCUUGCAAUGUCAUUUAUAAACAGUGGACAAGCGGAAGUGAUGCCGGAUUUUUCUCCCACAAAACCCCCACUUGCCUCCUUUUGAAUCCAGCAGGAAAUUUUGAUUCGUUUGGAUAUCCAGCAGAAGAAAAGUACUGUGCAUUGAUGAACGACAAUGUUCAUAAUGGAUGGAAAUUUUUCAAACACUUCAAGACGAUUCUUCUAAACGAAAAGAACCUUUCAAAGGACAUGAUGAUACCGGACGACCAGAACACUAUGUUUAAGGCCAUUGACGUGUUUGCUUUUAGCCUAAAAUUUAUUAAAGAUGAGCUGAGAAAAGAUUUACAGAAGACUGGCUACGACAUAAAGGAAAGUGAAAUUCAAUGGGUCAUAACUAUACCAGCCAUAUUAAACCAUAGGUCAAGGCAGUUCAUAAGGGUGGCGGCGGAGCAGGCAGGUAUGACUAGGAAUCAGUUAGAAUUUGCGCUAGAAUCAGAAGCAGCUGCAGUGUAUGUCAAGGAGUUCAUGGCGGCUAAACAGAAGGUAAAGGCAGAUGAGCAGGUGCUUGUACCUUUCCCAGCUGGAACACAAUUCAUGGUUCUGGAUCUUGGAGGCCGUUCAGACAGACUUGUAAUAGCUGCCAUAGAUUUAGGAACAACAUACUCAGGAUAUGCCUAUACAUUCAAACAUGAACUUGAGAGGGAGCGCUCAGCAAAAGAUAUGUGUAAAGUCCUUUCGAAUAACUGGCAGUCAGGCAGUUCGGCCGGACUGAUCUCACACAAAACUCCUACUAGUUUGCUCCUUACCAAAGAUGGCGAGUUCGACUCGUUUGGAUAUAAAGCAGAGAAGAAUUAUAUGGAUCUCGUGAACGGAAACAAACAUAUUGGCUGGCGUUUCUAUCGAAAAUUCAAGAUGUUACUGCACAAAAAUGACGUUUUAAACAAAAACACAACAAUUAAAGACGACCAAGGAAAUUCAUAUCUAGCUUUGGAAAUUUUUGCGCACAGUAUACGUUUUCUUAAAACUGAACUGAUUCAAGCACUUCACCGAGAAAACGUUCAACCGAUUUUUGUUGAAACAGAUAUACAGUGGGUCAUUACCAUACCUGCAAUCUGGGAUCCGAAGUCCAAAGACUUCAUGAGGGUCGCUGCAGAGGAGGCGGGUAUAGAAAGAGACCGACUGGAGUUUGCAUUAGAACCAGAGGCAGCCUCCGUCUAUGUUAAAGAGAUGCUUGUCACCAGAACCACGACUGAUAACGAAGCAGAAAUAGUACCAUUUGAGGCUGGAACUCAAUACAUGGUAUUAGACCUCGGAGGUGGAACGAUAGAUGUUGUCGUUAAAGAAGUUCGAGAAGACCGAACGCUUCGUGAACUUCAUCAUGCUUUUGGAAAUGGUUUAGGUGGCGAGUCUGUAAAUAAACGAUUUAUUGAAUAUUUUGAAAAUGCAUUUGGUAUUAAACUAAUGACGGAAUUCAGGACAAACAAUGCCUACAGGGGACUUUGGCUUGACUUUGAAACCGAAAUUGAAAAACAAAAAAGAAACUUUGCUUCUGUCGGUAUAGAGCAGUUGAAAUUAAAUAUCUCAUCCAAAUUUCUUGAAUUGUUUGAAAAUUCUUGUGGCAAAAGUCUUUCGGAUCAUUGCACCUCUAUUGAACAUCUAUCCAGCAGGAGGGAUAAGCUAAACAUGCACAAGGAUUUGAUCGUUAAACUGUUUCAGCCAUCUAUUGAUAGCAUCAUACAGUUCAUGAGGGAUGUUUUCGACAAAAAGCACUUGGUUGGUGUUUCGGACAUCAUAAUGGUUGGUGGAUUCUCGCAAUGCAAACUGAUUACCGAUAAAGUCAAAGAAACGUUCAGGGGUUUAAAUAUUGUUAUUCCUCACGAUGCUGACCUUGCGGUGUUGAAGGGCGCGGUCAUUUAUAGGCACUGGCCAGAGGUGAUUUACUCUCGUCGUGCGCCUUUCUCUCUCGGAGCAAGGUUCAACCGAAUUUGGCUCGACGGAGAUGAUAUCAGUAAACAGUUUAGGAAUACUGACGGCGAGAAGAUGUGUAUGGAUUACUUUAGUAAGUUCGUAACAAAAGACGAGGAAUUUGCAUCCAAAGACAAGGCGACUCUUGAGGUAUAUCCAAUUUGUGCAGAUACGACUGUUAUGCCUGUGGAAAUAUUCAAAUCAGAUGAAGAGAACCCUAGAUACACAACAGAUCCGUCCUGUAAGAGUAUGGGGAACCCAUUUAACGUUGACAUGUCGGACUUAAGAGGCGGCAUGGAACGGAAGGUACACGUGACUCUGACCAUGGGAAGUACAGAAAUAAGGGUGGAAGGACAACAGAUUCCGAAUGGUGAGGUCAAGAAAAUCCAGCUAAAUCUGCUAAAGGACUGAAAAAUCCGGCCACAAUCUUCACAUAGGCAACUUCAAAUUGUUAAUUCCUUAUGUCUACCCCGUACUGUAUAUGUUUUAAAUACAUGUACUAGAUGUUAUGCACUACACAUGUAUAUCAUAAUCGAUUUCAAUCAUAUUAUAUAUAUGAUUAUACAUAUUAAUAUUAUGAUUAACACGUAUUCUCAUUUUAUUACAUAUACUAACUAAUACACUGUAUGUAAGUUUUAAUUGACAACUAAGUUUUCGCUAAUCUGAAUUUAUUGUUUAUUUUUUUCUUUUAAAAUUUUGUUUACUAAUAUCUUAUUAUACGAUGGCUUAAAAUGACACCUUACAAAAGCUAAAACUACAAAAUACCACUCAUAUUGUCACCCCAUACCCUUGCAGUUGAGACUGAUUAUUUUAAUUGAAUCACCAGGAAUCAGAGGAUUUUUUCUUAAUUGUAAGAUGAAUUUCAAUUUAUCUUGAUGCUUCCGUUGUGUGAUUUUUUUUCGCCAAAAAAAUCUUAUUUGAGAAAUAAAAGGUAUAGUGUUCAAA